AUGAGAUCCACAGGUUACAAGUUUCCAGAAAACCAGUCCAAUAUUGAUGAGUUCAUCCUCCUGGGAUUCACCAAUUUUAAUACAAAGAUUCAGUUAUUUAUUUUCCCCCUUUUCCUCUUUAUCUAUAUAUUUACUAUUCUGGGUAACUUAACGAUCAUUACGGUGGUCACACUGGAUUCCCUUCUUCACACACCAAUGUACUAUUUUCUCCGCAACCUCUCUUUCCUUGAGAUGUGCUACAUUACAGUCACCCUCCCCAAACUGCUCAACACCUUUGUGGCCAAGAGUAAGACAAUCUCUUUUUAUGGCUGUUGCUCACAGAUGUAUUGCUUCUUCACCCUUGGUGUUACUGAGUGCUUUCUUCUUGCUGUCAUGGCAUAUGACCGCUUUGUAGCCAUCUGCAACCCUUUGAGAUACUUUUCAUUAAUGAACAAAUCUAAAUGCUUACAAAUGGCCACCGUCUGUUGGGUCUCUGGCAACCUUAUCUCCCUUGGACAGACUGCCUCUAUCUUUUCCCUUCCUUACUGUGGCCCUAACCUUAUUAACCACUUCUUCUGUGACAUUCCUCCAGUGCUGAAGUUGGCCUGCACUGAUGUUUCUGCUAAUGAGAUUUCUGUUUCUGUCACUGGUUUUCUUGUCCUACCAUUACCCUUUGCUCUGGUACUUUAUUCCUAUGGACGUAUCAUUGCUGCUAUUAUGCGCAUUAGCAGCAAUAAAGCGAGAAAGAAAGUCUUCUCUACUUGUGCCUCACAUUUUAUCUCUGUCACAUUAUUCUUUGGAACUGGAGCUUUUACAUAUGUUCGGGUAAAGACUAGUGAUGCUCCAGAUCAUGACAAGCUGCUGUCUCUCCUUUAUAGUGUGGUAACCCCACUUCUGAAUCCUCUUAUAUACAGUUUAAGGAAUCAGGAAGUUAAAGGAGGACUCAAAAAACUCAUACAUCAAAAAGUAGGGAUUAAGGUAACCAAACCAUCUAUAAAUGUUAACUCCAGCCAUAAUGAUCAAUGA